CGAGAGUUCUCUUCAUUGCACCGCGAUUUUAUUCGGUUUCCAAUGGGCACUGCCGAAUGACAUCAAAUGUCUGAGUACAGCAACAUUGUUUUUCAUUAACUAAUAAUAACGAAAACAUUUAUUUAUUAAAACAUAUAACCAUUAAAUUUUAAAUAUUCCAUCAGCACCAAACAACUUAUACCCAAUCUCUCAUUAUAUGUAAAUAAAAUCUUCUUUUAAUUUAUACAAUAGUUACUUAAAUGAUUAGGACUAUCAAAAGUUAACCCAAAUAAAACUUCGUAUACCUCAGUGCAUAAUACAGCAACUACAAAAAGAUUUAAAUCAUGGACUUCUCAGCUGGAUCGUUAGAAAACAACGGAACGUACUUUGCUUGUGAAUCAAACCAAGUACCGGGUCGAAGAACUCCAUUGAGUGCAGUAGGUUUGGGAGGGUAUUUUUUUCCACAACCACCAUCAUCCGUUGCUUCGGAUGAAAAUAGCCCUAGUCCAGCCUGUCAACAAUUCAACCACAGUUCUAACAAUGAUAAUAGAAUUUCCAAUCACGGCCAGAGCAGUUCAACGAUGACUGUUACCUCUGGCAAGUCAAAAUCUAAACAAGGAAAAUCUGUUCGGUUAAAUAUCAAUGCUCGAGAGCGAAGAAGAAUGCAUGAUUUAAACGACGCGUUAGAUGAGCUUAGAAGUGUGAUACCUUACGCUCAUUCGCCAUCUGUGCGUAAGCUAUCCAAGAUUGCUACAUUGCUACUGGCGAAAAACUAUAUUUUAAUGCAGGCGAAUGCCUUGGAGGAACUUAGAAGACUGAUCACAUAUAUACAAGCUCAAGGUACCAUGACGAUGCCACCGGGUUUUGACCUACAAGCUUCGAUGUACCCUAUCAAACCUUCGUUGCAAUCACCUAACGCGUCGCCUGAAUCACCUGCUCAGUCUUAAUUAGUUCAACCAAAAACAAUAAGAUCAAUCAAUGUUGAAGUGUGUUUUUUCUUUCUCAAAGAACAUCUAUCGAAUAGUCGAUGACCUUAAAUAAUUGUUUUUAACCAAACACCAAAGAAAAAUGGACAACAAAUAUUGCACAAGAAAAAAUGAUUACCUUAUAAAAUAGUUGAGUUAAAACAAGAAAGUGAUCUUUGGAACGCCAUAUUCUUCCAUAGAAAUUAAAAUCACUUUUUUUUAACGAUUUUUAAAUUUUAAUGUAAAUAUUGAGUAUUUGAAUAAUGCUACAACUUUUAAUAUUUUAUAUUGAUUGUGCUACUUGUAAAUUGUUGCAAUAGCGUUUUAUUUAGUUUAUAGGUAUUAACAAUCUAGUCAUAUUAUAAAACAAUGCAUUUUCUAUAAUAUUAUACAAAUAUACAUAUAAGUAUAUUAUUAUGAACAGUUUAAUUACAAUGUAAAAUAUAUUUAAACAUUUUAUUACAUUUUGAAGAUAACGUUUCUUUUACAAGAAUUGUAUAUAUAUAGUCAGUUCAAAAAGUCAAUUUAUAAACUUAAAAGUAAUAUAAAAAAUGUUCAAAAUAAAAUACAUCAUCGGAACAAAUUUAAUUAUGUUACAUUAAUGUGUAAGCAAGAUAGAAUAUUUUGUUUCGUUUAUCUAUCCCGACUUCGAUAAAAUGAUUUAUAAAAAUAACUUUUAAUCGUGACUUAUUGCUGAGUUAAAUUUUACCAUAAGAAACCAUUUAAACUUGAAAAUUAGGCUAGUUGAAAUCAGUAAAGAUUGAAAACUAGCUGGAAUUAAAAUCACUAUCUAAUUUAAUUUAAAUUUAAAUUUAUAAAACUGCUAAUUAUUCUUAAGCAUUUUAAUAUAUGUAGAGUCAAUUUUUUUUCAAAUAAAAAAUUGUUUGGAAUUAGAAUUUUUAGAAUUAGGUAUCUAAAAAAAUGUUUUAAUGUAGAAGGAUGUAAGUCAAUUUUCUCUUUUCCCCACAAAAACUGAUAAGAUUUUUACGAUUAAGAAUUUCUUAUGCCUGUAAGUUGGCGGCAUAAAAAGUCAAAAAGUUCUAUGCUCGGUUUUUCCAAAAAUGACUUUUUUAGCUAUCAUUUUAAAUUAUUCAAUCCUUUAAAAUAUUCUAUAAAAUAUAAUUAAUUGGAGUAAUUAUUUAAUAAGAUAUUAAGAACCAAAUGACUCUAUAAAUAUAGGAAAAAUUAAAGAGCAGUUGUUUUUAAUAAAAACCAAAAUGUUUCAUAUUCUAACGUAUUGAGAGUGGUCUAAUAAUAAUAAUGCAAUAAUAACACUGCUGUGAAUUAUGAUCAGCUUUUAUUGUAUUAUUAUCAUACUGUUUUAUAAUUUUUGUUAAGAGUUUUAAGUCCACGUG